CUUCAUGAAUACGAAACAUUCAGUUGUGGACAGGGGUCCAAGAAGUUGUUGAGUGUCAGUAGUUAAGUUUUGCUCGAGUGGCGAGUGGUUCUUUACGACUAUUUUCGAGAUGUGCCAUACCAAACUGAACGUAUUCUUAGCCGCUGUAGCUCUGUCUUAUCUGUGCAAAGCUCAGAUGAUUUCUGAACACGAAAUACUCGCCGAGCUAUUCACAAACAUAAAUGAAAAAUUAACAGGCCUACAAGGAGCUCUGGAAUCGAUUGAACACGCACAAAAGUACAUACAGCAAAGUAUUGAGAGUCAACAAGCGCAACUAUCUUCAAUAGAAGAAUCACAGCUGGUGAUGGGCAAAGAAGUGAAAGGGUUGCAAGAUUUCAUGUCGUCCCUGAAGUUACCCUCGUGUUCAGAUGACAUCACUGUUUUACUUGCGAAAGAUGAGUGUAUGGACGGGACCCACAACUGUAGUCAGAAUGCUGAGUGUACAGAUAAGAUAUUUAGCUUCGCCUGUUCAUGUGUAACUGGCUACUCCGGUGAUGGAUUCGAAUGUUCAGAUAUUGAUGAAUGUACAGAUGCGGACAUUUGUGGAGAUCACGCAAGUUGCAAAAACGUGGAAGGUUCCUACAAAUGUGAGUGUUCCAAUGGCUACGAAAUGAGAAGCAACAGAUGCCAAGAUAUCGACGAAUGCAAGAGUGAAGAACUGCACAAGUGCCAGGUUCCAGCGACAUGCGUCAACUCUGAAGGCAGCUACGAGUGCCAAUGUCUCCCACCUUAUAAAGGAGAUCCGUUGAAUUGCGAAAUGGAAUGCUUGCAACCUAGCGUCUACAUAGGAAGCCUGGGUUGCGUCACCCCUAAGUUCAUACGGCUGCCCUGGGAAGCGGCAAGACGAGUGUGUGAAGAAUCUGGUGGUAGAUUGCUGGAAAACAUCGAGAAUUCGCAUUUUGAGGUCCUCAGUCAACACUUCCAGCAUCUCAUGAGCGAUCGUCCCUUCCCAUGGAUUGGUUUCAAGAACAAGACCUGGGUCUCCUCCAGGCGCGCGGUUUCGAAGAAAGUGGUGGCGAAGGCGGAGGACGGUCUAGAGGGAGACUGCGGAAACGUCGAUCUGAGGAAGCCUCAGUGGGGAGUGUGGGACGCGAACUGCUUCGACGAGGAAUAUGCGCUGUGUCAUAAAGUCUAAACGUUUAAAUGAUCUGAUUCUCAUUAAGAUUAAAGUCACUCAACAGUAUACGCCUUGCGUGUAGCAAUGUCAUCUAAAGGCACUUUAUUCUUUCACCACUUUAUAUAUCUUUUUCUAACACUAUAUUACACCUACUAUAUACAUUCUCACUCGUCAUAAUAUCUUGUUUCAAGGUAAUUAACCUACUCAUUUGUUCUUCCCGCGCAACCGCAACCCCCCCUUACAAUAUCUAGCCCGAUAUUUACUUUCUAUACUUCGCUACUCAUUAUACUGAAUGACCGAACAAACGAUUCAUGAAAAACUCUGGUUAAAAGUGUUGCUCAAAGAAAGGUUUAAAAGUUUCCCAUACAGAUUCUUCUGAUAGUUUCAGUUCAUGUGACCUAUGUCUUAUUAUUAUAAAUACAGAUAUUUCCUUGCUUAUAAGAAAACUUAGUAUUAUAAUGACUAUAUCUUGUAACGUGACGUAAUAUAGUAUGCAAUAAGACUGUAAGGAAACCUAAUAAAUAAUAGCAAUGAA